AUGGCACAGGCAGUGGCCUCGCCCGAUAGUCAGGCCAUGACCGACCCAACACAGCGCCGCUUUCGAGGCAGCGCCAAGAUCUCGGAAUAUGAGGUGAUGAACGAGAAGCUGGGCGAAGGCACGUUCGGCGUGGUGUCCAAGGCCCUCUCCAAGCGGACAGGCAACACCGUGGCGCUGAAGAAGAUCCUCAUGCACAACGAGAAGGAGGGCUUCCCCAUUACUGCGCUUCGGGAGGUGAAGCUGCUGAAGACGCUGAGCCAUCCCAAUAUCUUGAAGUUGGAGGAGAUGGCGGUGGAGAGGCAGCAGGUCGAUGAGAAGGGCAAGAGUGGGAAGAAGCGCGCCACUCUCUACAUGGUCACUCCCUACAUGGACCACGACUUGAGCGGCAUGCUCACGAACCCCGACAUUCGCUUCACCGAGGCGCAAAUAAAAUGCUACAUGCAACAGUUACUAGAGGGCCUACGGUAUCUACACGACUCGCACAUUCUUCACAGAGAUAUGAAGGCCGCCAACAUUCUCAUCUCAAAUCGUGGACUUCUGCAAAUCGCAGACUUCGGCCUCGCAAGACACUACGAAGGACUAACUCCGCAAGCUGGAGCUGGCAAUGGUGAGGCGGUCAGGGAUUACACCAGCCUGGUCGUCACCAGAUGGUAUCGCCCGCCGGAACUGUUGCUCACCUUGAAGAAGUACACCCCCGCGAUAGACUUGUGGGGUGUUGGGUGUGUGUUUGCGGAGAUGUUCGAGCGCAAGCCUAUCCUGGAGGGCAAGACCGAUGUCGACCAAUGUGUCCGCAUCUUCCAAUUGGUCGGGUCGCCCAAUGAGCAAAACAUGCCCGGCUGGUCUGAUCUUCCCGGAUGCGAAGGCACCAAAGAUUGGGAGUAUCAGAAAGGCGACAUUGACCGGCGAUUUGGAUCGCGGCUUGGAAAGCCUGGUAUUGAUCUUUUGAAGCAGUUGCUCUGCCUGGACUGGCGGAGACGGAUCAAUGCCAUCGACGCUCUGCAACACGAAUACUUCACAACUUCACCUUUACCGGCCAAGCCGGAAGAUCUACCCAAAUACGAAGACAGUCAUGAGCUUGACUCUAGGAGACGCGGGCACGAGAAGCAGCGAGCAUUGCCACCAGCACCCGCCGGAGGUACGGUGGGAAUGGGUCCGGACGAAUGGAAUGGCUCAGGACCCAUGGAUGGCUACGAUCGCGCACACCGAGGCUACGGGCGGGAGAGAGCGCCACCACCAAGGAACUACGAUGACCGACGCGCAUUACCUGCGACAUCGGACGCUCGACCUCCGAGAGCUUGGAGACAAGAGGCAGCGCGAGGCCCUGCACCCACCAACGGCCAUCCGCUCCCUCCCAGACCUGCAGAUCUUCCAUCCCGUCCAGAUGUGCCCUCCCGCGGCCCUCCACCGGCAGCAAGCGGCACCAGGGGUGGAGGUGGAGGUGGAGGUGGUGCCGGCGCCGUUGACUCGUAUGUUCCUUCAUACUCCUCCGCAAAACCCAGCGAUCGGCCGCCACGCGACAACCACGACCGCGGCCGGCGAGGUAGUCGAGAAAACGCAUAUCGCGACCCGGACCGGCCAUCGUAUCGUGAUCCCGACGCACCAUCCGGCCGUCGAGAUCGUGAGCGAGAUAGGCCAUCGUAUCGAGACGCAGACGACCCCCGCGCGCACGCUAGAGGCGAUGGGCACCGCGAUCGAGAUCGAGAGCAGCGGAGGACUAGGAGCAGAAGUCCGGAACGGAACGAUGCGCGGCGAGAGCGGUUGCAAAACCGGGAGAGGGAUCUCUACAGGCGAUGA